UGCUCCAUAUCCGCUGUCUGCGCUGCCCCAGGCAUCAUUACACCGCGUAUCGCGUUCGUAUCGGUGGGCUUUUCCUUACGUCACAGCUGCGCUCUCCAUUCAUUCUUCGUCCAUCGUUUGUCAAUCAACACAUCCCCAAGCUACCUUUGGAAACAUUAUUCUUUUUGCCUCAACACUCGAACUCCUCCUCGGCUUCUUGACAUUUCUGUUUCACAUGCACCAUGUCCGAGACCAAUCAGACUGAUGCAUUUCCUUGGCACUUGGGGGUGUUUGACGCCCAUUGUCACCCCACUGACACCAUGUCAUCCAUUGCGGAAAUCCCCCAGAUGAAAGCAUCGACAUUGACAGUCAUGUCCACUCGCGGAGAGGACCAAGACUUGGUGUUUCAGACUGCUACAUCCUUGACCCAGGGUCAGGAGUCCGCCCAAAGUUCAACAACAGGGCCUGUGCUCCCGUGCUUUGGCUGGCACCCAUGGUUCUCGCAUCAAAUCAUCGACGAUGUGACUGGUUCGCCCAAUAUCGACAAAGAUACCUCACCAAUUGAGCGGAAGAAGCUGCACUAUAAAAAGGUCCUUACUCCAGAGCCAGAAGAUGACUUCAUCCUGUCGUUACCUGAUCCAAAGCCGCUGUCAGAGUUGCUGUCGGAAUCUCGAGCACGGUUGCUGGCGUAUCCCCGUUCUCUUGUGGGUGAGGUAGGCCUUGAUCGUGCUUUUAGGCUUCCCAAGGCGUGGACCGAGGAGGAAAAAGAAACUCGGGAUGAGCGAAUGACCCCCGGGUCGCGCGAAGGUAGACAGCUCUCGCCGUAUCGUGUUCAGUUGGCGCAUCAAAAAGCCGUCUUGGAGGCUCAAUUACGCCUAGCUGGAGAACUUCAACGACCAGUCUCUGUGCAUAGUGUGCAGGCUCAUGGGGCGGUCUUUGACCUCUUCAAGGCCCUUUGGUCUGGGCAUGAACGGAAGAGCGCCUCACGGCGGGAGAGACGCCGACGAUAUAGCGUUGCAGAUGCGCACGCAGAGAGCGACGCGGAGGAUGAACGAAAGCAACAAGUGCCAGCAAAGCCAGAAGAAAAUACUCUUCCAUUUCCACCACGGAUCUGCAUGCAUUCUUACUCCGGACCGGUGGAGCCAUUGAAGCAAUUCCUGCAUCAAUCCAAUCCUUCAGACGUCUAUUUCUCCUUCUCUUCUGUGAUAAACUUCGGCGGACCUUCGUCAAAGAAGGUCAUCGACGUUAUCAAGGCUUUACCUGAUGAUAGGGUACUCAUUGAGAGCGAUCUGCAUACGGCGGGGCAACAAUUGGAUGACCUGCUUGAGGAAAUCGCUCGACAGAUCUGCGAUAUCCGCGGAUGGGAUUUACAUCAAGGCGUUCAACAGCUUGCUGAAAACUGGAAAAGGUUCAUUUUUGGAUGAUAAAUCCAUCGCGGAGAAUCAGGCACGUGCAAGACCACAAGUCCAGGCCGGCAUACGUACAUUAUCUCAUACUGGAAGGUUUGCGUUGUGCCAGCGACAUGAAGGUAUGGAAGCAACGCAACACUUGAGCUUGACAGUGCAGGUUCAUCAUGCUAAUUUCCCAACUCAGCAAGCAUUAAAGCUCAAAAUAUCUGGAAUACUCCAAUUCUGCAGGUUACUCUUGAAGCACUCAUGCGAAUUUGCGUCUAGACAAUGGAUAAACGACAUUUACGUUAUUAUAGACCAACUCACAAGAAGGCAGAAAAGAAAAGAACAUGCUAGAGACCCCGUCAGUGUAGUCCUCCUAUUUUACAUGGUUAUUUGUAUUAUCAGCACCAUCUGACUGUGGC